CGUUCGCGAUCUCCUCUCUCUCUCUCACCUACUCUCUCUUUCCCUCACUCUCACGGAGUUUGUUGACAGUUGUGGGAGACCUGAGUGAGUGUCAGAAUUUUGAAAAUUGUGUGGUCGGGGGUGGUUUUUGGAGCUGCCCUUCCUCGAAAAGUGUGUCUUUUGGGUCCAUGUGCUCUUCAGGAGCAAGUCGACGACCCUUGACGCGUGUGUGCGUGCGUGAGUGAGUGUUUACUAGCUGUGUGCGUGAGCGAAUCCCGUUUUAGUUGUCCAGCUGGUCACUAGGAAUUCCUUCCUCGAUCCUACCGGACAGAGGACAGUAAUUGGCUGUCUGGUACUUGGAAAAAAAUAGGAAAACAAUGAGACAGACAUGACUCAUCCCUCCAAAGAUAGUCAAUGAUAGGGACGAACAUAAGUGAAUGGUGAUUGAGUGUGAAGGGGAUAAUUUUGGGGCACUUUGGGGGGUGAACGAGGGCUGUUACGGGACGGGGAGGAUGCGGGGGCAAGUGAGUGGAGAGCAGAGUGAGAGCGACACACUCACACAACUAUGCCUUCUUGCUCUCGCACGCGCAAGCACGCCCAAGAUACGCCUAUCACUACAUACGUCUCUCAUGGAUUUGACAAGCAACAACAUCACAGAACUGGGAGACAAUGCAUUCGUAGAACUACCUCAACUAGAAGAACUUAUCCUGGGAGACAACAAGAUAUCGAAAAUACACCCACGAGCAUUCUCUGCCAAUCCUCGACUCAAGAGACUAUCGUUACAGAACUGCGGUUUGGCGGAAGUGCCAUGGGAGACUUUCCAGCCUCUCCGGCAGCUAACUUCACUACAACUGGACGGCAACGAGAUAUCUCAGGUGGAGGCGGUUUCUUUUGCCGCCCUAGGCAAUUCUCUGCACUCGCUACGUCUGGAGGGGAAUCGACUAACUGCCCCUCCUACUGCCGCCCUGGCUACGCUGCCGCACCUAGAAGCACUGAAUCUAGGCAGCAACCUCAUCUCUUCCAUUCCAGUCAACUCUUUUCCAGAUCUUGGAAAUCUCAUCAUUCUGUUGAUGAAACGUAAUCAAAUUUCAACCAUCGAUGAAGACGCCUUCUCUAAUCUUACUGCUCUAAGAGUACUAGAGCUAGAUGACAACCUAUUGACUCACAUUCCUAUUGCAUUGACAAAGCUGACAUCUCUUCAAGAAUUAUCAGUAUCAGGCAAUCGGAUAAAAUUCGUGGCCGGCGGUAUACUUCAAAGAGCUCCUUCUCUCUCACUCCUAGAGCUGAAGGGCAACCCCUUGGUUGGGGUCGACCCUCUCGCUUUCUCUGCCCUGCCAAAACUCAGAAAAUUGAUCCUAUCAGAGGCACGUGAACUGAGGGAAGUGCCGUGCCUGAAUGGGACUACGGGUUUGGAGAUUCUGCGCUUAGACCGCGCCAGCAUCACCUCAAUUCCGUCAUCCCUUUGUCACACCUGUCCAAGGCUAAAGAGUCUAGACUUCAAGUCCAAUAAACUUACCAGAGUUCCUGACCUUGGAGGAUGCAAAGAUUUGCGUGUUUUAGAACUGUCAGGCAACCAGAUCAACUCGCUGGCUGGGCGUCCGUUUGUGGGUCUGCAUCAGUUACACGACCUCCUAUUGGCUCACAAUGUCAUACCCUAUCUCCCACCUGACGCGUUCACGGGGCUCACAAGGCUGCAAGUCCUAGAUUUGGAGAGUAAUCAGAUCUCCGAGAUACACCCAGAGGCUUUCCUCACAUUUACUCAGCUCGAAGACCUCAAUCUCGGCAACAACGCAUUCUCAGAACUGCCCACAGCCGGCUUAGAACGUCUUCUGCACCUGAAAACCUUCAACAACGGCCAUUUGAGGGACUUUCCCCCGCCCUCUGCCUUCCCCAGGGUGCAGUCGCUUGUGCUCUCCUAUGCCUACCACUGUUGCGCCUUCCUGGGGCCUCCAGGCGGGGGCCAGGCGCCCCUGCAGGUGGGAGGGCAUGCCCCGGGGGCCAACAGGGGCACGCCUCUGCAUGAGUCCGUGCUGUUUCCGACCGAUAACGAGUUUGAUAUGACGCUGUGGAACUCUAGUCUCACUGAUAUCUGGCCGCAGUUGCAGAACCUGAGUAAGAAGUUCGGCACCCAGAUCAACGAGUUGUGGGACAACUUCGGUUCGGAUUUCACCUAUCCGGGCAACCUGCCCGCCUAUGUCGAGGAGUACUUCGAGGAGCAGGAACGGACAGGUGGUGGGGGUGCUGUUGCCGAGGGAGGUUAUGGGGGAGCUCCGGGGAGGAUUCAUUGUCUUCCUGCCCCCGGUCCAUUCCUGCCUUGCGUGGACCUUUUCGACUGGUGGACUUUGCGCUGCGGCGUGUGGGUGGUGUUUCUGCUAGCCAUGCUGGGAAACGGCACAGUUGUGUUUGUGUUAGUGUUCAGUCGCAGCAAGAUAGAUGUGCCACGCUUCCUCGUCUGCAACCUGGCAGCGGCUGACUUCUUUAUGGGCGUCUAUCUCGGUAUGUUAGCAGUAGUGGACGCUUCCACACUGGGCGAAUUCCGCAAAUGGGCGAUUCCCUGGCAGAUGUCGGCCGGCUGUCAGUUGGCUGGCUUCCUGGGAGUUCUAAGCUCAGAGCUGUCAGUUUACACUCUGGCAGUGAUUACAUUGGAGCGCAACUACGCCAUCACGCAUGCUAUGCAUCUCAACAAACGGCUAUCACUCAAACAUGCUGGUUACAUAAUGCUAUGUGGCUGGGCGUUUGCAGUGGUUUUGGCCACCUUACCACUGAUGGGAGUCUCGGAUUACCGCAAGUUUGCCACAUGUCUCCCGUUUGAGACGACAACUGGGCCCUGGGCGCUGGCCUAUGUUGUCUUCCUUAUGUUUGUCAAUGGAGUCGCUUUUCUCAUUCUCACCGGCUGCUACCUCAAGAUGUACUGCGCCAUUAGGGGCUCUCAGGCAUGGAACUCGAACGACUCAAGGAUAGCCAAGCGCAUGGCUCUACUGGUGUUCACAGACCUGCUGUGUUGGGCUCCCAUUGCAUUCUUCUCUACGACGGCUGCCUUUGGUCUCCAACUGGUCACACUGGAACAGGCAAAAGUGUUCACAGUGUUUGUGCUGCCUCUGAACUCCUGCUGCAACCCCUUCCUGUACGCGAUCCUGACCAAACAGUUCAAGAAGGACUGUGUGUUGAUCUGCAAGGCAAUCGAAGAGUCGAGGGUGACCAGGGGUAUAGGUCGCUGCAGGCAUAGCUCCAAUUUCAGCAAUCGGCAGACGCCUGCUAAUACCAACAGUCUAGUUGACAGAUCAUCGCGUGACGGCGGUCAACCGUGCUCUUGCAGUGCUAAGCUGCUAUCAGAGGCGGCUGCAGCUGCUUCGUCGCCUGCCAACGCCAGGGGGGCCAAUCGGCAGCCUCUCACCACCCUGCAACGGUUGCUCAGGUGUCUAAGGCGGUCUACAGGUUCUGGAAGGCAUCGAACCAGAUCGGACCAAUACGCGUACCAGAUAGCCGAGAUCCAACAGAAGCAGCACAAGCGAGCUUCCUCGGUCUCCUCAUCUGAGAAUUUCUCCUCGUCUCGCUCGGAUUCAUGGAGACAGAACCACAACCACCAUCACUGCGGCAUUCCCAUGCGACUGUUGGACCCCAAGCGGAGAGCCUCCUCCUGGAUUGUCACUCGCAAGACAUCGCAGGACUCCAACCUGUCCUCGUCAAGGAAUGACUCGUCUGGAUCGGCGACCACUGCUAGCACCACGCUCAGUCGAGUGUCAAGAUCGAGCGCUUCCUCGGGUAUGAGCGAGCUGACGGGUAUUUCAUCACGGGGGGGAACCAAACCCCGUCUUACGCGACAGGCAGCCGUCACCGAGGUGCCCCCUGCAGCCCCACCACACUACGAGGGGGGCCCCGACCCCAACAGGGGGCUCACGGUCCGAUUUCUGGCCACCAUUCCGUCGGAGGGCGGAAAUACAACCACUAACGAUGAGGCAUCUGACAGUAGUACGGCCAUACUGCAUGAUAAUGGUAACUAGGGCUGAUUUCGGUUAGUUUACAAUUCGUUCACCUUUCCGCCGGAGAAUUGAACACCACCACUAUGGUAACUAGGGCAGAUUUCGGUUAGUUUACAAUUCGUUCACCUUUCCGUCGGAGAAUUGAA